AUGGUGCCUCCACCGCCCACCAACAAGCCCCAUGUCUGCCUGUCGACCAUCUUGAUAAUGGGGAGUAUGGCUUUGAUGGACGCCUACCUUGUGGAACAGAACCAGGGACCCCGGAAGAUCGGCGUGUGCAUCAUGGUCCUGGUUGGUGACAUAUGCUUUCUCAUCGUGCUGCGCUACGUAGCCGUGUGGGUGGGCUCAGAGGUUCACACCGCAAAGCGUGGUUAUGCCAUGAUUCUCUGGUUCUUCUACAUCUUUGUGCUGGAGAUCAAGGUCUACUUUGUCUACCAGAACUACAAAGCUGAGGAUGGGAGAGGCACAGUUGGCGGGAUAGGGGCAGACGCAGGGGUCAUGAGAAAGGCCCUCACCUUACUCCUGUCCAUCUGCAUACCAGUAGUUUUCAUCACCUUGGCUGCCACAGAUCACAUGGAGUACGUGCGGCCGCACAAGAAAAAGGAGGAGAUCAGGAGCCGUCUUUUCUGGGUGGUGGUUGACCUGCUUGAUAUUUUGGACAUGCAGGCUAACCUGUGGGAGCCUCAGAGGAAAGGGCUCCCCUUAUGGGUGGAGGGACUGAUGUUCUUUUACUGCUACAUUCUUCUGUUGGUGCUGCCAUGUGUGUCGCUAAGUGAGAUUAGCAUGCAAGGUGUAAACAUUGUGCCCCACAAGAUGAUGCUCUACCCAAUUCUCAGUCUUGUGACCAUAAAUGUCAUAACAAUCUUUAUUCGUGGUGGGAACAUGUUUUUUUACAGGGACACCAGGGUGUCUGGGAUACUAAUAGGUAAAAAUGUAAUUGCCAUCAUCCUGAAGACUUGCAGCUUUGUACAGUACAGGAGACAGAUGCAUGAGGCCCCUCCACCACUUCUUGGAAUAGAUAUGCAAAAGAAUUCCAUUCCCAUUGCACCAACGGUGCCCAUAUCAGUGCCCAUGUCUAUGCCCAUGCCACCUCAGGUAAUCAUUGAGGACUUUACAACUUUACCAGAGGAGACAGAGUGUGCAAGUGACAGAGAAUGUGACCAAACGUGA